AUGGCGGUCUCUCCUCUCGUUAAGCAUCCUACGGAUGCCCUUCAACAAGUCACCGCCCGAGCAGUGUCGUCGCCGCUCAAGAAUGCGAAUUCGGCGCAGGCAUCUUCGAAUGGGACGCCCUUGUCAGUGAGUGUUGUUCCAAAUGCGUCCGCCGCGAUGCAAUCGGCCUCCCUCGAUAUUGCCGAGCGGAUGAACGAGGAUGAGAAACGCAAAUACGUAAGAGGCAAGAAGCUCGGUGAAGGUACAUAUGCGAAUGUCUACCUUGGCCACCUGCGCCAUGAUCCGUCGCAACUCGUUGCCAUCAAGAAGAUCAAGGUCCAAAAGGAGUACACCGAGGGUAUGGCCCCCGAUGCCGUACGUGAAAUCAAACACCUCCAAGAACUCUCGCACCCGAACAUCAUAACCCUACACUCCAUCUUCUCGUCCAAGGACCAGAACCUCAACCUCGUGCUCGAGUACCUUCCCCUCGGCGAUCUAGAGAUGCUGAUUCGCGACACUGACCGAGUGCGUUAUGGCGCGGCCGACAUCAAAGCUUGGACUGGCAUGCUGACGCGAGCCGUCUGGUUCUGUCACGAGAACUUCGUCCUCCAUCGUGAUAUCAAGCCCAACAAUUGCCUGAUCGCAGCCGACGGCGAGGUCAAGCUGGCCGAUUUUGGAUUGGCCAGGAGCUUCGCGGAUCCAUACAAGCCAAUGACCACCAACGUCAUCACCAGAUGGUACAGACCCCCCGAGCUGCUAUUUGGCGCUAAGCAUUACUCUGGCGCUGUGGAUGUGUGGUCCGUCGGCCUUGUGCUUGCCGAAAUGGUUACCCGAGCGGCGUAUUUGCCCGGAAACUCGGAGAUCGACCAGAUCAACCUCAUCUGCCAGGGCAUCGGCACCCCGACGGAGGAGAAUUGGGCUGGCGUGACGAAGCUGCCCGAAUACACGGUGCCGAAAGAGGUCACGCCGCUCCACGGCAAGAACUACUACAUCAGCAGGUUUGGGGUCAUAGGGCACGAGGGCGUCGAUCUGUUGAUGAAAACCCUAAUCCUCGAUCCGAAGAAGCGCAUUACGGCGCGAGACAUGUUGAAGCACGAGUGGUGGCACAAGGAUCCUAAGCCGACUUUGAAGAAGAACCUGCCCAAGAAGUCAGGUGGCGAGGAGAAAUUGGGGGACGAUCUCAAGAGGAGACCGGGGGUUGUGGAGGAGGAUAGGGGCAACAAGGUGGCCCGAAAACUGGAUUUCGGGGCUGCAAGAUAG